AUGAAUGCGGAACGAAAGUCGUUUGACAGGGACAGUCGCCCGCAGAGGAAGUUCAAGCCGGACUAUGGCCGCCAGGAGGACAGGGCAUCUCUCACGCUGCCAGCACGAUCCGACUGGCACGCCGCCGAACUGCCUGCCCUCGACACGCAAGAUGUGACGAGUCUGCCCCCGCAACGGACAAUCGACGAGCUGCACGAAUACGCGACGACAUUGCUGGAGGCGGAGAACAAAGUCUACAAUGGCGCACACCUCAGCGGAUCCGCUUCAGCCAAAUUUCUGUCGACAAUCAUGGAAUCGGGUACAUUGGAGGACAGGAUCUCGGCGCUCACGCUGCGGGUGCAAGAAUCGCCGCUGCAUACUAUGAAGGCACUCGACAGUCUACUGGGCUUGGCGAAGAAGAAGAGCAGGAAUCAGGCGCUCCAGGCGGUGGCAGCGCUGAAGGACAUGUUGGGCCAGGGCGAUGUGCUGCCUUCGAAUCGCAAGUUGCGUGCUUUUGGGAAACAGCCCGCACUGCUGGGUGCAUUGCAGGGAAAGAGCGCGCGUUGGACGGUGCGCGAAGCGCUGCCGAGCCGUGUGCAGAAGGCUCAUCUGAUCUUCUGGGCAUUCGAGGACUGGUUGAAGAGGAAAAUCUUCGAGCUGUUGCAGAUCCUCGAGACGUGGUGCAACGAUGAGAUUGAGUAUUCGCGAAGACAGGCCAUCACCUUCGUGUGGGAGCUGUUGAAGGAGAAGCCGGAGCAGGAGGAGAACCUGCUGCGACUGUUGGUGAACAAGCUCGGAGAUACAGAAAGGAAGAUUGCAUCGCGGGCCUCGCAUCUGCUGCUGCAGCUUGAGACAUCCCAUCCUGCGCUGAAAACCAUCGUCACCAACAGCAUCGAGGCCGACUGUCUGUUCCGGCCGGGCCAGAGCGAUCACGCCAAGUACUACGCCAUCAUCACUCUCAACCAAACAAUCAUUGGCCAGAAAGACCAGGAACUUGCCAACAGGCUGCUUGAGAUUUACUUUAGCCUCUUUGUCCAGCUGCUAAAACCUGUCGAGAAGACCAAUGCCCCGGCAACGGGCGUCAACAGUGCACCGCUGAAAUCGAACGGCAAAGUGCAAGGUGGUGGUGGCAAAGCAGGUAAGAUGGCAGCGAAGAAGCAGAAGGCGCAGGAGCGGACUGAAGAGGCGGCCGUGCAGCUACACGACAAGAUGAUCUCGCAGGUCUUGGCCGGUGUGAAUCGAGCUUUUCCUUACGCCGACACGAGCGAUCCAACCUUCGAACAGCAGCUGAAUACCAUAUUCCGUGUGGCACAUUCCGCCAACUUCAACACCAGCAUUCAAGCCUUGAUGCUGCUACAGCAAAUCUCCUCACGCAAGCACUUGGGCGCCGAGCGAUUCUACCGCACGCUGUACGAGUCGUUACUGGACUCGCGACUAUUCGGUUCAAGUAAGCAGGUCAUGUACUUGAACCUACUUUACAAGAGCUUGAAGGUGGACUUGAACGCUAAGCGUGUACACGCUUUCGUGAAGAGGAUGUUGCAGGUCAUCACCAUGCAUGAGCCGCCUUUUGCUUGCGGUGUACUGUUCCUAGUCAGCGAACUUAGCACCACUUUCCCAAGCAUACACAGCAUGCUGACAGAAGCCGAGGUCAAUGAUGAGGACGGAGAGGAACACUUUGUCGAUGUGCCAGAAGAUGGCGGCGUGCCAGUGGAUGGAGCCGCAGCAUCGGCGCCCAAGGUGAUAUAUGACCCACGAAAGCGAGAUCCUGAGCACGCCAAAGCGGAGAGGACAUGUCUGUGGGACAUUCUUCCGCUCCUGAACCAUUUCCAUCCCUCUGUCGCGCUGUUUGCAGAGGCCGUGUGUGGCACGAAAGAGAUGCCGCCAAAGCCUGAUCCAACUCAGCACACGCUCAUGCACUUUCUGGACCGCUUCGUUUAUCGCAACCCAAGCACAAAACAGGCGAAAGUACAUGGUAGCUCAAUCAUGCAGCCACUUGCCGGCAGCAGUUCGGCCGAUCUGCUCGUCAGAUCGGGUGGAAGCGGCGUCGGGAAUACACCCGUCAACACGGAGAAAUUCUGGGCGAAGAAGGUCGAGGAUGUGGCGGCGGAUGAGGUGUUCUUCCACAGCUACUUCAACGCGGCCGGUAACGCCAAGAAGAGGAAGUCUGCCAAGAAAGAGAAGAAAGCACGAGGCGAUGACGAAGACAGUGAAGACGAAGGGGAGGAAGAGAUCUGGCAAGCUAUCGCUGCAUCUCGACCAGAAGUGGAAGGACUGGAUGAGGACGAUGACAUCAGCAUGGACGAUCUCGACAGCGCGUAUGAUCAAUCUGACGACGAGUCUGAAGCCGGCCUGGACCUCGGAGGUGGCGACGAUGAAGGUGAUGCCGAUGCAUUCGCCAAGCUCGAUGGCUUUGAAGAUGAUGAAGGUGACAUGGACGAUUUGCCAGAACUGGAAAGCGAUGACGAUGCAAUGUUGGGUGAUGAAGACGAUGUGCCGUUCGGUGGUGAAGCAUCAGAUGAGGAGGAAGAGGAGGAGGAGGAGGAGGACAAGACUGCGCGCAACAAGAAGAAGCGGCAAGAGAAGAAGAAGCUCAAGUCGUUGCCGACGUUUGCUUCUGCUGAUGACUAUGCGAAGCUGAUACAGGACGAUCCGGACGAUGUGUAG